AUGAAAAUAUACAGUAGGAGCAUUCAGGUUUUAUUCCCCAUUUUUACUGCUCUUCUGCUUAUUUUUAAGUAUGAAUUGGUUAGAGGGGUACACGAAACGAAGGGAUAUCCAUUUGUACACCUUGUGGAUAGUAAUAAUGUGCAUAUAGGAACAAAUAAUUAUGUGGCUAAGGGUAAUUUAAUAAAUAUAUUGUACCUCUAUAAAGAAAUAACAUUUGAGGGAGAUAAUUUGACAAUAGAUAAUUUAGUAGAUAUAGAAGAUGAAACAAGAAUAGAGAGAUUAAUAAAAGAAAAGAUUGAAUUUAUCAGUAAAUAUGUGAACACACGGCAGAUAAUUAAAUAUCAUGGGGUUAUCUACUUGUAUGAAAUAGUGCACGCGAAAAAUUUUUAUUUUUUAUUACAUUUUAUUUUAAAAAACAGUAGUAAUUGUGUGGUCAUAAUAGUGCCAGAACAUCUGCAAAUAGACAAGGAGGAAUAUUUUCGAAUUAACAAAAUCACCCAUGCUGGGGAAUUGAAGAAGAAUGAUCACAUUAACGAUGAAGUUCUAGAAAAGAGAAUUUUAUUCAUUCAAGGGUUAUUACUAAAUUUUAAACUAAAGCAACCCAUAUAUUUUAUAAAAAAUAAUAAAGAGAUAGAACAUAUUUAUGAAAAUUACAAGGGCAAUUUUGGCCUCUUUGAUUUAACCAGAAAUAUAAGUAUUGUGCCAGUGUCAAAAAAUCAUCAUAGGAAUAAAAUAGCUUCAAAAAAUAUUUUCUAUUUUUUAAGUAAAGAUAAUAUUAACAUCCAUUCUAUAUUUAAUAAAAAAGAAAAUAAUGAAACUUUUCUUUUUACAAAAAGAAAAACAAUUAUAAUAGCAGUAGAUUACAAUGUCUUUAGUGUUAUAAGUUCUCACCCCUCGCAUAGUACAUCAACAAAUUCACACAUUAUUGUAAUGAUGGAAUUAAUAAAAUUAUUUUCCAAUGUGUAUGAAAAGGAAGAUGUAAAUUAUAACAUGCUAUUUUUAUUUACCAAUUACUAUUUUGGUAUUGAUAAUUUUCUUGAUUCUGUCAAUGUUAUAUUUAAAGAAAAUAUCGAUUUUGUAAUGUGCUUAGACAAUUUAAAUGAUGCAAGUUUUUAUAUUCAUCAAAGUGACAAGGUACAACCGGAUCAUUUGUUACGUUUUUAUGAUUUAUUAAAAGGAGUAAUGAAAAAUAACCAUGGAAAAGAAAUACAAACUACAACUGAAAAAAUAAAAAUUUAUAAUCAGCAUUUACCAAAACUGCAUGAAUAUUUUGAAUUAAAAAAUGUACACACUUUUACGUUAAGUACAAAAGGAAAAACUUCCACUUUUCUUAGCAAAACACCCAUGAUAGAACAAAAGAUAAAAGCAGACAAUGUAUCGAAAAAUACCAAAAGCAUAUUUGAGGUUAUUUACCUUUAUUUAAAAAAUUUCAAGGAAGAAAAUAUAGAUGAAAAAGAGAUAUAUAAUAAUAUUCUCAUAUAUACCAAUCAAAUGAUGAGAAACGACAAUCUUUCCCGUUUAAAUGAAAGUCUCAACAAAUUUAUUAAAUUUUUUGUGUACCAAGAUGAAAUAGAAAAAUUUGUUAAUCACAUAAAAAUAACUAUAAAUUCACAUGUAGUGACUGACUCGAAAUUUCUCAUAACAGAUUAUAAAAUACCUAACCAUAAAAAACAAAAAUAUUUUUAUCAAAAAAAUGUCAUUAUUACCUUUUCCAUGGCCAUAUCAUACAUUUUUCAUUAUUUGCAUUUUCUUAUGGUUGCCUUAUUUUUAGCUCUUUUUUACAUUCUUGUAAAUUUCUACGCCGUCCCAUCUUUUUACAAAACUAAGGCGAAGACUACCUAA